AUUUAUUUAUAUAUUUAUUAAUUCAAAAAUGAUAAUUCUUAGGCAUAAUACAUUAUUAGCAAAAGACCUUUUUCUAAUUGAAAGGAUUAUGUUAAAAAUAUCAGAAAAUCCAUCCUUUGAUUAUUUACUUGAUUAUUCUCUAUUAAAUAAAUCGAGAGGAGAGGUUUAUGGUUACAUUGCAGGCAUAUUUAAGCGUAUUGGUAUUUGUCAUACACUGGGUAUUACAACGUCAGACUUUCUUGAUUUACUGAUUGAUAUUGAAAGAGGAUAUAAUGACAAUCCUUAUCAUUCAUUUUAUCAUGCUGUCGAUGUCGCUAUGGUUCUUUACCAUAUGCUUGAAAAAUAUGAUAUGAAAGAAUAUCUUAAUCGGUUUGACUUGGCUAUGCUGAUGAUUGCAGCAUUAUGUCAUGAUAUCGGGCAUCCUGGCAAUAAUAAUCAUUUUGAAAUAGCUUGUCAAACAAAAAGAGCACAAAGAUAUAAUAAUUUAUCAGUACUUGAAAGCUAUUCAUCUCAAUUAACCCUUGAAUUAUUAGAUAAACAUAAAUUUUUACGUCAUGUGGAAUCAAGAAGUAAAGCGUUGGGUUGUCCAAUGUCCUGUGAUGACUUUAAGAAAUCAAUCGUUGAAACAAUUCUAGCUACAGACAUGAUUUGUCAUUUUACACUUCAAGAAAAUAUUCAUCUUUUACACGAUACUAUUUUACAAUGGAAAAAGAAAAGGUCACAUCAAGACUUUAUAAACUUUAAAACAGUCACAUCAUCCACCUCUCAACUCAAGCCUCUCUUUCCUCCUGAUGCUCAACAUGAUCCACUCGACUAUUUCAAUAAAAAUUAUCAUUUCAAACAAACAAUAAACGAUAAAAGGGAUGAUCAAGCUUUGAAUGGUCAAGAACGAUUGAUGAUCUGCAAGAUCUUGAUUCAUGCUGCUGACAUUAGUAAUCCCUGUCGGCCUUGGCCCAUUUUUCAUCAAUUAUCACUUUUAGUUUGUGUUGAAUUUUUUCGACAAGGGGAACAAGAAAGAGCACUUGGUUUAGAUAUAUCACCCAAUAUGGAUCCUAAUAAAGCGAAUCCUUCCAAGAUCAAUAUAGGUUUUAUUGAUUUUAUUGUUCAGCCUUAUUUUGAAGCAUUGGCUGCCUUGUUCCCAAAAUCAUUUGAAUUAGUCGAGGUGUGUCAGGUAAAUCGAAAGGAAUGGCUUAAAUUAUCAACAGAGACUGUAGACGGCGUAGAUCUUAAUUUGAUUUCGAUUGAAGAGACAAUGGGGGCGAUACCAAGAAAGCAUGUGACAGUAGCAGCAGGAACAGUUCAAAUCCCUGAAUCAAUAGAAGAAGAUAUCAUUAGAAGGAGGAAACGAUUACAAGCUACAAUGUUCAAUCGAAGUAUAAGCUUUAAUUCAUAUUGUUCAGGUCAACUCUUAUCACCUAUAUUACAUGAAGAUGCAUCGAAUUCAACUACAAACCGAUGUCGUCGAAAAAGUAGUGAAGAAGUCAUUGCAUCAAGCUUGCAUCGUAUAAAUCGUUUUCAUAGAAAUUCCAUUUCCAAAACUAGGAGGAAAAGUGACGAAUUAAGUAGUUCUAAUAUGCUUAAUAAUCAUCCAAAAAUAAUACCUUUCUUUUAGAUGUAUUAUAACAAUAAAAAUAAAAUAAAAUAAAUUAUAACAAUAGUUUAUUAGAUAUAAUACGACUUUUAAUACAU